CGAAUGUCUUCACCAAGCGUCACAAAGCCACGAGCCUGUAAAGAGCGCACAGCUCUCUGCGUCCGCGUGCCGAAUCGCGCAUCCCAGCUCCGCCACCACCGCCCGCCACCAUGUCCGGCGAGGAACUGGCCCGCAAGCUGCAGCGCCGGCUGAGACUAGAGGCGCCGGCAGAGACCGACCUGGGCGGCUUCCAGCCCACACCCCGCGCUGUCCCAGAAGGGUACGGUGAGCCAGUACCGCUUGCCCACCCGCCCGCGGCCACCGCGGACGCCGAGCUGAGCGCCCGGCUGAGCCGCAGGCUAGACGUCCACCUAGGCGCAGCGCGGUCCCGCCGCUCCAAGGUCUUCAACCCCUACACCGAGUUCCCGGAGUUCAGCCGCCGCCUAAUCAAGGAUCUGGAGAGCAUGUUCAAAAUGUAUGAUGCUGGCAGGGAUGGCUUCAUCGACCUGAUGGAGCUCAAGCUCAUGAUGGAGAAGCUGGGGGCCCCCCAGACCCACCUGGGCCUGAAGAGGAUGAUUAAGGAGGUGGAUGAAGACUUCGAUGGCAAGCUCAGCUUCCGGGAGUUCCUGCUCAUCUUUCACAAGGCCGCUGCUGGUGAGUUGCAGGAGGACAGUGGGCUGUUGGCAUUGGCCAAGCUUUCUGAGAUCGAUGUUGCCCUGGAGGGUGUCAGAGGUGCCAAGAACUUCUUCGAAGCCAAGGCCCAGGCCUUGGCAUGCUCCAGUAAAUUUGAAGCUGAGUUAAAAGCUGAGCAAGAUGAGCGAAAACGAGAGGAGGAGGCCAGGAGGCUCCGCCAGGCAGCUUUCCGGGAGCUCAGGGCUGCUUUCAGUGCAUAGCGGGCUGCCUGACCAACCCACGCCCACAGCAGUGCCUUACCGCCUGCCGCGCUGGAGGAGACGACCGGGAUUUUCACAUUUUUAUCCCUGCUGCCCUCUCUCUGAAUGACCUACCCCUCAAGGCCCCAGGGCUGCUCUGCCUGACUGGCCUCCCCCUCAAGGCCCCAGGGCUGCUCUGCCUGAAUGACCUUCCCCUCAAGGCCCCAGGCCUGUUUCUUAGCGCUUCUGGAUAACCAGCGACUGUUUUCAUCCUUUCCAGCCGCCACUCCUCUGCCGGUAUCUGCAGCCGAGACUUGUUUCUUCUUGGAAACUAUCCUUGCCCCUACAUAGUUCUACAUCAGCAAGUUCUGUCCAUCUACGGUCCUCAGAGGA